CCUCAAGUAUGUUUUUGGGAUUGAAAUGGAAGACUUCACGGCAACUAUAUGGAUUGACCAAUCCAUUACCUUGGCUACAGAGAGCCUAUGCACCCAGAACGCCGUAUAUGGUACCAAAAGACUGACGCGAAUCAUGCCUUCACAGAAGCUGUUGCAACCACUUCGAGUUGUUGCUGGUGAAUCGAUGAGAACUCUUGCUUCUGAUUGGCCUGGCAAUACAUUUUUGGUGUUACAUUUGCUGAUUCAGACGGGCACCCCACCACGUACGUCACAUUUGCAUGAAUGUACCUCACAACGGAAAGUCGCCAAUUUCUUGUCAUUUCACCAUCCAAGCAUCUCCGACAAUAGCUUUGAUGCUUUUGUCAUGUCUCAGUCCGGCAAACUCCCUUAUAUCCUCCCGAAACCCCAAGGUUUUCAAGAUGAGCAGACACCUGCUAAACGCAAGCGCCAGCGUGCCAGUGUUGCUUGUGACAACUGUAGGCAACGCAAAACAAAGUGCGAUAAUCAGAGACCGACCUGCAAUUCAUGUAAACUUGCGAAUUUGACGUGUCAAUACAACACCCUUACAAGUCGUCAAGCCGAGAAACAGGAGAAGGACGACUAUGAGAGGUCUGCCCACAGAUUUCAAAGCGCGCUUGAGUUACUCCGUCAAGGAAGCGAUGCGGACUCGGCAGCAGUCUUACAGAGAAUUAGAGAGACAAAUGACAUCGAAGAUGCAGUCACGAGUAUCUCCGACGCGCAAUUACUUGUUCCUGAACCUAGAUCAAGUGUGAGCCAACAAGCAGAGAGAGCCGUUCCACGUAAUCGAUUAUUGAAAUCUCCCUAUGAAGAUCCGGAGUACAUGUUCUCAACUGGUUACUCGUAUGUCCACGAGCAAUAUGUGGACAAAGAUGUUUUCGUCGAUCUGCCAGCACUUCAUCUGGAUUUGGCCCGUUGGACAUCAGCCUGCCAGGACAAUCGGCCUAUGAAUCAUCUCUUGGCUCUGUUUUGGACCUGGGACAACAGUGUACAGCAUCUGAUAUAUCAGCCGAUGGUAGAGGAACAUCUUAGCUCCAAGGAUCCCCACGUAUCGGAUACUCAUGAGCGCCGCUUUUGUUCACGUUUUCUAAUCAAUGCUCUACUCGCCCUAAGCUGCUUAUAUGCUCUGGAACCAGUGACCUACGCAGUACCUCAAGAUCCAAGCACUAGAGGAAGAAGGUUUGCAGACGAGGCCGAUGCCAUGCUGCAAUCAGAAUACAUCGAGCCUUCUUUCGCUCUGUUUCAAGGGCUAUUCGCAAUGUUUUGCUACGAAGGAUGUGUCGGUGAAGGCAAAAAGUCGGUCAAUUACCUGUACCAGGCAAUAGAUAUAUACAAAGCACUCAAUUCUGUUGUACGAUUGCCACCCGUGAGCGAUGAGACAGUAUCACAGCGAGAGAGACACGCAAUAUCAUGGUCUAUGUGGGGCUUCUACAUCGUCGAAUGGCGAGCUACGCAAGCUCUUGGCUUAGCAAAAUUGGCCCAUAAGCCAAACGUUGAGAGUACAUGGCUGGAAAGUGAUUUUCCAUUUUCCGCACCGGAAUCACGUAGCUAUUGGUGGUUUCCAUACCCUAUCUCACUUCGAACACAACGAUCUAUGAAGGUAGAAGCUAGGGAAGCGGAGGUUAGGCUUGCAGAAAUAGUAGAGGAAGCGCUCAACUUCAUCAUACCAAGUGAAAAUGCGCCGCCCGCUAUCGAAAACCCCCAACGAGCACUUCAGCUGUAUGACGCGAUUCUUGACUGGAAAUAUUCCCUUCCCGAUCGACUGCGAUUUGAGGAAGUCGUUCUCCCGUCAUUCAUCAUAGUUCAUGUCAGUGCAGAACUCAUGCUUACUGCCAUACUUCACCCCUUUUCCCAAUUUUCCCAGGACCAGUUUGGAAGAUUUGAUCCGAGACAGCGAUGCUACUCACAUGCCAAUCGAAUGAUGACGGCGAUCUGGACAUACCGUGCCUUCGCUAUCCUCCGUACAGAAUACUGGCUCAUGCAUCUUAUAUCAGCUGCUGCUUUUAUUGUGCUCGAUAACCUUCAACAUGGGUCUGAGGAAGUAGAAACGUUAGUGCGGGCGGGCUAG